ACAUCGCAGAGAAUGACACCUGUCAAUCACACUGAUGUGCAGGAGUUUGUUCUCUUGGGACUGACCACUCGCCCGGACCUCCAGGUCCCUCUUUUCUUGGCUUUCCUGGCCGUGUACGUGGUGACCCUCUUGGGCAACUCUGGGAUCAUUGUGUUAAUCAGGACUGACCUUCACCUCCACACCCCCAUGUACUAUUUCCUCAGCCACUUGGCUUUUGUUGACAUCUGCUACUCCUCCAUCAUCCUCCCCAAAAUGCUGGUGCAGAUCUUGACGGAGGAGAAAACCAUCAGCUUCUGGGGGUGUGCAGCCCAGCUCUGCUGCUUUGUCAUUUUUGGGGUCACCGAGUGCCUCUUGCUGGCCGUGAUGGCCUACGACAGGUACGUGGCCAUCUGCAAGCCCCUCCUCUACCCCACCAUCAUGGGUGGGUGGAUGUGCUGGUCGUUGGUUGCUGGUUCCUACGCCGUCGCCGCCGUGCACGCGGCGACGCACACCACCUUCGUCUUCACCUUCUCCUUCUGCCACUCCCAUGUCAUCAACCACUACUUCUGUGACAUCGCCCCACUCUUAGCUCUCUCCUGCUCCAACACCAGCACCUAUGAGGUGGUCAUCCUUGCUCUGGUCAGCAUAAACUGUUUCAGCACCGUGACCGUCAUCUUCGUUUCCUACGCCUUCAUCGUCCCCGCCGUCCUGAAGAUCCGCUCUGCAGAGGGCAGGAGAAAAGCCUUCUCCACCUGCACCUCCCACCUGCUGGUGGUCACCAUGUUCUACGGGGCAAUCUUGUUCAUGUACCUGAGGCCCAGCUCCACGUUUGCCUUGGAGGGGAACAAGGUGGCCACGCUGUUUUACACCGUCGUGACCCCCACGUUGAACCCCUUGAUCUACAGCCUGAGGAACAGGGAGGUGAAGGCUGCCCUCAGGAGAGCGCUUGGGAGGAGGCAGUGA